CAUCUCUUCCUGAAACCAUGACGCCGGAUGAAGCUGAGCAUUUACUCAGCACCAGAAUCCUGGAGAAAAAACUGGGGAACCAGCCCUUACUCUCCGAUGAAGAAGCACGAGAAAUCACCCAACUUUUGGCUGCUCCAAAAGCCAUACCAGCACUCGCAACGACUCCUGAAGAACAUUAUGCCGAACCAGAGACUAUAACAGCCAUCAGCGUGUCCGUGAUUGAACCAGAAAUUCCUGUACCUUGCAUAUUACCUGAAACAGUAGAUGAAGCAGCACUUGCAUCACUAGAUACAUCUGUAAUAUCUACAGCAACCGAUAGUGCUAUUACUAUGGAUGACUCCAUGACAUCGAGCCGAAUGGAUAUUAUGGAAGAUUCAAUGCUGUUGACGACAAGUCAAGUUAAUGAAUCAGUAACAAGUUCAGUUACCAGUUUAUCUGCAGAAACAUCACGAUCUGCACCGAAUACAGCCAGUGUUGGUAGUAAUAUUGUUGUAGUGACAGAAGAUGAACCAGGGAUUUUUCCAGAUUACCCACCAACUCAAACACCAGUCGUGGGAGUGGAUAAGAGUGGUAUUCAUUACUUUGAGGAUGGGCAUUUCUGGAUGGAAGUGCCUGGUUUGCCUGAAACGGAUGACGAUGAGGAGGAUGACGUUGAUUAUUCACAAAUAUUUGUGAAGAAGGAUACUAAAGUUAAAUUCAGUUGUGGACCGAUGCAAGUUUUUUCAACAUUUUCUGUGUCCGAUUAUGAUCGUCGAAACGAAGAUGUGGAUCCUGUUGCUGCUAGUGCCGAAUAUGAAUUAGAAAAACGAGUUGAAAAGAUGAACGUGUUUCCUGUCCAAUUACUAAAAGGAGCAGAAGGACUAGGACUCAGUAUUAUAGGUAUGGGCGUUGGAGCAGACGCUGGUCGAAAAUUAGGUAUAUUUGUGAAGACGAUCACCGAGAAUGGAGCUGCUGCUCGAGAUAAACGUAUUCAAGUUAACGAUCAAAUUAUCGAAGUAGAUGGGAAAUCCCUCGUGGGUGUAACACAAGCUUAUGCAGCUUCUGUAUUACGUAACACGUCCGGCAUGGUGCGUUUUCUGAUCGGCAGAGAACGUGAUCCGGUCAACUCUGAAGUUGCGCAACUAAUCAAACAAAGCUUGCAGGCGGACAAGGAGCGCGAGGAACGAUACCAGAGAUCGAGUCGCCACAUGGUGGAUCACGUUCGCAACGCAUCGGACUACUCCGAAGAUUCAACUUUACCUUUGUCUGCAAACAGUAGCGUGAGUGACGGUCCUUUGAGUCCGCCGGCGGUUGCUGCUCCUGGUGCUUGCGGUCCAGACUCUGUUUUCGAGCCUGAUGCAUCUGCACUUACCGCCUCUACGGUGGGCGAUGAACAAGAUUCAUUACGGAUGUUGCUGCAAGAGACCGAAUAUAAGCUUGCCUUGUCAGACGAAGAACUGACCAAAUUGAAAGCAAAGCUUGUGGAAUUAGAGAACAAUAGUGCCGAUAACGAAGAAUAUUGCGAAACAUUACGACAGUCAAGUGCGAAAUUACGAGAAUCCGAACGAAAUUUAGCAGCCGCUAAAAAAGAAUUAUCUACUUACCGAAUGUUAGAAAAGUCACAAGGUCAGUACGCUGUUCUUGAAAAGAAAUACAAUCGCGCCAAACGAGUGGUAAGGGAAUUUCAACAACGUGAAUUGGACAUGAUUCAUCGUGAAGAAUUUUACCAACAACUUCUGCAGGAAAAAGAUACUGAAUAUAACGCUUUGGUGAAGAAGUUGAAGGACAGAGUUAUCGAACUUGAACAGGAAUUGCAGGACACGCAACGUAAAGCCGGACUUCCAAUGAGUUUGCCGUACGACAGCAUGAGCCUGAAACAGUUGACACCACAAUUGUCCAGACGGGAACCUCAUACAUUGUUUAAACAAUUGGAUACGGAAUUAUCAGAUACCGAGUUGUCGGAUGCUUCUCCUGAAGGAGAAAAGACUGCGACUGUGGAACGAAAACUUCCAGUAAAAGACGAAUUAGAUCGUGCCGUACCCCAACAUGAUCUUCUCGACGUUUCUGCUAAUAGAAGCAAAGGAGAACUUGGCCAAAGAGGCGGACUUGCCAAUAGGCAACUGCCAUCCCAGGGAAAACGAAGCCUUAGCAAUAGUAGUUCUGACUAUGGUCUUGACGAAAGUGAAGUCUCUUGCGAUGAAGAAGCUCCAACUGAAUCGACUUCUGUAUCACACACUGAAAGUUCUGUAUCAGAACUGCACACAAAUUCUCACAGCCUGCCAACGCAAAGAUUGGCAACUCCCGUAAACAAUACUCCUCCUACUUAUAACUCUGUCACAAAUACCUCAAUGGAGCAACAGAAUUCAUUGUAUCAUUCCACUGAACCCAUUUAUACUAAAGAAAAGGCAAUUCUAUCACAUCACUUACAUAAUAAUAGUACUGGUUACAGUACAACUACUGAAAGCUUGUAUUCACAUGCUACUCAUACCAGAAGUAAUAUACCAUUGAAUGUGGCUGCUAACGAGAAUGAUGUAUGGAGUAAUGGUGUAACUCCAGCCGUUGCCAAACCUGCCCGAGGACUUGGUCCUCCAUCAUCUCUUGCUGAACAAUUGAAACAAGUCUUAGCCGAACGUGAAAAACGGUUAACGAUAGAUGGUUCAAACGCCGGUGCUGCUGGUGAUUAUUCAGAUCCUAGUAAGCAGAACUCUGCUUCAUUGGUUACGCAACAUCUGGUCGAAGAAAUACGACAAGCAGUCAGUGAAGCUAAUGCCAAAGUAAAAAAGGUAGUUCCAUGCAACCUUUCUCCGCCAGGAUCAGUUCCUUGGUUGCAACAAGUUCCUGGUAGUCCAUGCAGUUCUGGCUCAGUAUCUCCUCUGGGCGGUGGUAACACCACUGAUCACUCUCCAACCAGAAGUUCAUCCAUGGGUGAUUCGUCCUGGUCGAUUCAUCAGCAUCAUUUGGCAUCGUCGGCUCAUGAUUUGUCUACAAGCACUUCUAGUUUUGGUAGCGAUAAAGUUCGUUCACAUUUCUGGCAAAGCGCGCCUGUAUCUGAAUGGUCUAAAGAACAGGUAUGCCAAUGGUUACUUGCCUUAGGUUUGGAACAACACAUUUCCAAAUUUCUUGAAAAUGCUGUAAAUGGAGAUUCUUUACUACAAUUGGAAUCGCGCGAUUUCAAAAUUUUAGGAGUCAGUGGAGAUGAUAAAACACGUCUAAAAAGAAAGUUAAAAGAAUUAAAAAUACAAGUGGAAAAAGAGAAGAAACAAAUGGAAAAGGAUAGAAAAGAACGAGAUAAAAUGAUGCGAAAAGCAGAAAAACUAGCCGAAAAAGCCAGUAAGCGAAAAUAAGUGGAUAUUAAUUAAUAAUAAAUAAACAUGUGAUUUGUUAAGUUAUUUAAACUUUCAUAAUGAAAGUUUUACACUAACCAAUUCAACAGUAAUAAUGUUGUAUGUGUUUAAGAUAGAACUUUUUACAUUACGACCAUGUGGAUUCAGGGUUGAGAUAUGAAAUUAUAUGAAACCUUUUAUAUUUUACCUUAGCAUGACAGUGUAGUUAAUAUUAUCUACAUGUUGUACAAACUUUAGUUUGUAGUGAUA